AUGUCUAAAAACCAGCACAGGUGCAGUUUGCCGGUUAAGGAUGAUUACGGCCUUCCCAAACUGGCUCCCAAUGCACAUUGGGCUAAAAAACUAGGUAGAGUUUUGAGGAAGUUAAUAGUUGUUAAUCCCAAUCACACCAGGUGCAAGAAACUGUUCCGUAACAAGGCGGAAGCUAUGAAAGAAAGAAGGAGGCACAUCUCCGGUCCCCAUUAUUUUGUGAUUCACCCUCUGAGCACCCUCGACGCAAUUCUGAAUGCGACGUUUGUCAUCUUAUGGCUUUACUUCCUUAUAGUGGAACCAUUCGUACAUUUCUUAGAUAUCGAAAUAUCUGACAGUGUAGUGGACGUGCACAGAAAAGUGAUGACCCCCAUUCAGCUGGUCUUGAUCUUAUUAUUUUUUAACAGAGGAUACAUCGAUGAAAAGAAUAAUCGCAUUGUGUUAGAAUCCAAGAAGAUAAUACGCAGGUAUUUAUUUACGUACUUCAUUUUCGAUUAUUUGAGUACAUAUUUCGCAUUAGAGUUACCGGCACGUUGGAUAAUACAAAGAGAAGAGAUUAAAAAGAUUGCCGAGUUGUCCGCUUAUUUUAUUCGUGUAUUUGCUUACAGCGUCAGGAUUCCUACCGUAAUAGAAUACAUGAAUUAUUCUCUUGCUGAUAUCUUGAGUAUGCUGGGCAUAACCGAUGUCUCUGAGAGUAUGUACCAACGAAAUAUGUCGACACUUCAACACUACAUGGCUAACCAACAUUUGCCAGAUAAUAUAAAACAGAGGGUACUCCGGUAUUGUAAGUAUAAAUUUCAAGGACAAUACUUCGAAGAGAACCAGAUUAGGAGCACUCUAUCCGAUAAUUUGCGUGCAGAACUUUUCCUGUUUAGUGCAAGGAAGAUAAUCCAGAAGGUGGAACUUUUUAAACAAUUGCCCCAUUCUGCGAUCGCCAGCAUCAUGGAAGUCAUGAAAUCCGAAACGUUCUCUCCCAACGACAUCAUUGUAACCAUAGGUUCGGAAAUAAGUGAAGUGUACUUCAUAUCCUCUGGCACUGUGGCCGUCACGAAUUCGGCUGGCUACGAAUUGUGCCAUUUGGACGACGGUGAUGAGUUCGGGACUAGUUGUCUUUUCUUUCAGAAGCAGAAAUACGCCGUGGUGGCUAUAGAAACGACAGAGGUGUUUGUCAUAAACAAGAACGAGCUUAUGGAAUUUGUGCACCCUUAUCCUGAUGUGAUGAAUGGAUUUUAUCGUUCAGCCAAGGAAAGGCUUGCCAAAUUGAAACAUUUGGGGGAUCGUGCCGCCACACGAGACAUCGAUCUAUUUCGUGAACUUGAAAGAGGGAAUAUUUUGGAAGCGCGUGAACCAAGGCUGACCGCUGAUCAUUGA